AUGGCGAAUGCGGCCUCCUCCGCGUCGUCGCUGGGGGCCGGGCCCUCCUUCUCGCCGCCGCCGCCACCGCCACCGCCGGCGGCCCUACCGGAGGAGCUCAUCGAGGAGAUCCUCCUCCGCUUCCCGCCCGGCGAACCGGCGAGCCUCCUCCGCACCGCGCUCGUCUGCAAGCGCUGGCGCCCCCUCGUCUCUGGCCCCGGCUUCCGCCGCCGCUUCGGCGAGUUCCACCGCACCCCGCCGAUGCUGGGGAUGUUCUGCAGCGGCUGCAGCCGCGUGUACCGCCACUUCGAGCCCACGACCGCCUUCCGCCCGUGUCAUGCCGAGCGCGCCCACAAGCGCGUACUGGACGCCCGCCACGUCCGUGUCCUCCUCCGUGGGGAACGCAGGGCCCUCGUCGUCUGGAACCCCAUCACAGACGAGGCGCGGAAAGUGCCCCUUCCGCGGUCUCCGCCGCAGUACAUGGGGCCGUUGACCUGGACUGCAGCAGUUCUCUGUUCAUCCGCCGGCGCCGGCGGUUGCGACCACCUUGAUUGCCACCACGGACCUUUCAUCGUGGUUGUUGUGCGCUCUGCUUUUGGGACCGCUGGUGUAGUGGAGACCUUAAUCUUCACCUACUCAUCUGAUGUCGCUGCCUGGAGUGAGCCAAUCUGCGAUCAGCUACCUGCUGGUUACAUCCGAGGAUUAGUCGAUCCUCGCAUGAGGAGUGCGCUUGUGGGGAAUGCGCUCUACUUUGGCUUCAUGGAGGAAAGGACAGCUCUCACGUACAACAUGCAAUCGCACCAAAUGUCGUGGAUUCAACUGCCACCUUCAGUGCCCCUUCGUCGGCUUCUGCUCACAACAACGGAGGAUGGUGGACUGGGUCUCGCCACUGAACACGAGUCCAAACUCUAUGUCUGGUCGAGGAAGGAUGCUGAUGAAGUAGAUGCUAGAUGGGAACAAAGCAGAGUCAUUGAGGAGCUUAAGAUGCUGCUCCCUGUUGAUGCCGACUUCACCUCACUGGUUGGCUCCACGGAUGAUCUUGGUAUCAUUUUUCAUGAGAGCGGGCAAUGCGAUCUAUGCAAUUGA